GAAAUGAGCUUUGAAGAUCUUGAAUCAGGAAGCUCAUUGUAUGUUCAAGGAGGAAGUGGAUCAUGGGAACGACAAACAAAACAAGCCAUCACAAAUCCAUCUGCUUCUGUUAAUCGUCAAUCCAUAGUAGUUGGUGUGUUUCAAAUAAACACAGCUUUGACAAACUUCCAACGACUAGUUAACACGCUUGGAACACCCAAAGACACUCUUCAACUCCGCCACAACCUCCACAGUACAAGGCAGCAAAUUGGGGAAUUGAUAAAAGAAACUUCAGCUAAGCUUAAGAAAGCCAUUGAAUCAAAUCGACAUUCUCAAUCUAGUGUCACCAAGAAGAUCGCCGAUGCUAAGCUUGCUAAGGAUUUCCAAUCUGUUCUUAAAAAGUUCCAAAAGGCUCAGCAACUUGCAACACAGAGAGAAACAGCUUACACUCCUUUCAUCUCCCAGGAAAUUAUUUCAUCCAGAAGCACAGAGAUUCAGAUAAGUUCAUCUAUCAGUCCCGAGAGCGGUUCUAUCCUUCUGGAAUCCAAAAGACAGGACGUCGUACAACUGGAACAUGAGAUUGUUUUUAACGAAGCCAUCAUAGAAGAAAGAGAGCAAGGAAUGAUAGAAAUCCAGCAGCAGAUUGGUGAACUGAAUGAGAUGUUCAAGGAUUUAGCUCUAUUGGUCCAUGAACAAGGAAUUAUGCUCGAUGAUAUAAGUUCCAAUAUUGAGAAUUCUCAUGAUGCAACUGCACAAGCUGCAAAGCAACUUACCAAGGCAUCGAAAAUCCAACAAUGUAAUUCAUCAAUGAGCUGCUUGUUGUUGGUGAUAUUUGGGGUCAUCCUGCUAAUAAUAAUUGUACUGGUGCUAGCAUAAAGAGUUCUCUUCCAAGUUACUAAAUUGAGAUAUUGUAGAUUUUUCAUCUCUCAAGUGUAUGGGUUCUGAUUGUUCUACCUGCAUCAGUCUGCUAAUGUAGAUAAUUUGUAUGUCAGUAUGACCUUCAAGGUACAGAUGUACAGUA